UGUGUCUUAGUGCAAGCACAUCAAUAACACUCCUGCUUUUAACUUUACCAUGUAUCAUUAUUUGGCAUUGUGCUUAGCGCUGGUUGACCUUGAGAGAUGACAUCCCAUAAUCCUGCCAAAUUCACAGCUAAAGUGCAGGUGUACUCUUCAUUUUUACUAAAAAUUUCCGUCUUCGAAUGUAGCAAAAUUUAGUAUUCCAAAUUACUGGUGUUCAGGUACUGAUAGAUUUUUUUUUUCUCCUUUUUUUCCAAAUCCUCUGCUACUCCAGGUAUGAAGAUGAAUAAUGCAGACCACUGGUUUCGAUGAUGCUGGGCUUUUAUAACUGGAUUCAUUAAGGAAUACAAAGAAAAUUCUUACAGGGAUCAAUAAUGGUGUCUUCUGGCUGCAGAAUGCAAAGUUUUUGGUUUCUGCUCAUUAUCAGCUUCCUGCAGUGUACUGAAGGUUUCAGCCGAGCAGCACUACCAUUUGGUUUGGUGAGGAGGGAGCUCUCCUGCGAAGGCUACUCCAUCGACCUGCGGUGUCCAGGCAGCGAUGUUAUCAUGAUAGAGAGUGCGAACUAUGGACGGACAGAUGACAAGAUCUGUGAUGCUGACCCUUUCCAGAUGGAGAACACUGAAUGCUUCCUUCCAGAUGCCUACAAAAUUAUGACACAAAGGUGCAACAACCGAACACAGUGUAUAGUAGUUACUGGGUCAGAUGUGUUUCCUGAUCCUUGUCCUGGAACAUACAAAUAUCUAGAAGUUCAGUAUGAAUGUGUUCCUUACAAAGUGGAGCAAAAAGUUUUUGUUUGCCCGGGGACGUUGAAAGCAAUUGUGGACUCACCGUAUUUAUAUGAAGCUGAACAAAAAGCAGGUGCUUGGUGCAAAGAUCCUCUCCAGGCUGCAGAUAAAAUAUACUUCAUGCCAUGGACUCCGUAUCGCACGGAUACUUUGAUAGAAUAUGCUUCUCUAGAGGACUUCCAGAACGGACGCCAGCAGACAACAUACAAACUCCCAAACCGAGUGGAUGGUACUGGAUUUGUAGUGUAUGACGGCGCUGUCUUUUUUAACAAGGAAAGAACUCGGAACAUAGUAAAAUUUGACUUGAGGACUAGAAUUAAGAGUGGAGAGGCCAUAAUCAAUUAUGCUAAUUACCAUGACACCUCUCCAUAUCGAUGGGGAGGAAAGACUGAUAUUGACUUGGCAGUUGAUGAAAAUGGCUUGUGGGUAAUUUAUGCUACGGAACAAAACAAUGGGAUGAUAGUAAUUAGCCAGCUGAACCCCUACACUCUGCGCUUUGAAGCCACCUGGGAAACAACCUACGACAAGCGGGCAGCAUCCAAUGCUUUCAUGAUAUGUGGUGUCCUGUACGUGGUGCGGUCGGUGUAUCAGGACAACGAGAGCGAGACCGGCAGGAACGCCAUCGAUUACAUCUACAACACCAGGUUAAGCAGAGGCGAGCACGUGGACAUUCCUUUUCCCAACCAGUACCAGUACAUCGCCGCAGUGGAUUACAACCCCAGAGACAACCAGCUGUAUGUGUGGAAUAACAACUUCAUUCUGCGAUACUCCUUGGAGUUUGGCCCACCCGAUCCUGCCCAAGUGCCUACCACAGCAGUGACAAUAACUUCUUCAGCAGAGCUUUACAAAACCACAGUGUCAACCACUAGCACUACGUCACAGAGAGGUCCCAUAAGCACAACGUCAGCUGGAGGGACAAAGGAAGGAAGCAGAGGACCCAAACCACCACCACCCAUUUCCACAACCAAAAUUCCUCCUGUGACAAGUUUCUUCCCUUUGCCGGAGAGAUUCUGUGAACCAAUUGAGGCCAGGGGGAUUAGCUGGCCUCAAACACAAAGAGGAAUGAUGGUUGAGCGCCCUUGCCCCAAAGGAACACGAGGAACUGCCUCGUAUCUCUGCGUGGUCUUAACAGGAAUGUGGAACCCCAAAGGUCCUGAUCUUAGCAACUGUACCUCACACUGGGUAAAUCAGCUGGCUCAGAAGAUCAGAAGUGGAGAAAAUGCUGCUAGUCUGGCCAAUGAACUGGCUAAACACACCAAAGGACCAGUCUUUGCUGGCGAUGUUAGUUCAUCAGUGAGGCUGAUGGAACAGCUUGUGGACAUUUUGGAUGCUCAGCUUCAGGAGCUACGGCCCAGUGAAAAAGACUCUGCUGGAAGGAGUUAUAACAAGCUCCAAAAACGAGAGAAGACGUGCAGGGCUUACCUUAAGGCAGUUGUGGAUACUGUGGACAACUUGCUCAGGCCUGAAGCGCUGGAGUCCUGGAAGGACAUGAAUUCUUCAGAACAAGCCCACGCAGCCACAAUGUUACUUGAUACAUUAGAAGAAGGAGCUUUUGUCUUGGCUGAUAAUCUUGUAGAACCAAGUAGAGUCUCAAUGCCCACAGAAAAUAUUGUUUUGGAUGUUGCAGUGCUUUCUACUGAGGGCCAGGUGCAGGACUUGAGAUUUCCUCAGGCUGGUAAAGGAGGCAACUGGAUUCAGCUCUCAGCAAGAACCAUGAAACAGAACAGCAGGAACGGAUUAGCCAAACUGGUUUUCAUUAUUUACAAAAGUUUGGGUCGUUUCCUCAGUACUGAAAAUGCAACCAUAAAGUUAGGCAGUGACUUGGCGGGGCAGAACAGCACAAUCGCCGUCAACUCCCACGUCAUCGCAGCCUCCAUCAACAAGGAGUCGAGCCGGGUGUACCUGACUGAUCCUGUGCAUUUCACCCUGGAACACAUCGAUCCUGACAAUUAUUUCAAUGCAAAUUGUUCCUUCUGGAACUACUCAGAGAGGACCAUGAUGGGGUACUGGUCAACUCAAGGCUGCAAACUAGUUGACACAAAUAAAACUCAUACGACAUGUGCUUGCAGUCACCUCACCAACUUUGCAAUUCUUAUGGCUCGUCGGGAAAUUGUGUACAAAGAUGGAGUGCACGAAUUGCUCCUCACUGUCAUCACCUGGGUGGGAAUUGUCAUCUCUCUUGUUUGCCUGGCCAUCUGCAUCUUCACAUUCUGUUUUUUCCGUGGCCUGCAAAGUGAUCGUAACACUAUUCACAAGAACCUUUGUAUCAACCUAUUCAUUGCUGAGUUCAUUUUCCUAAUAGGCAUCGAUAAGACAGAGUACAAGAUUGCAUGUCCGGUUUUUGCAGGUCUCUUACACUUUUUCUUCCUGGCAGCCUUUGCCUGGAUGUGUCUAGAAGGAGUGCAGCUUUAUCUAAUGUUAGUAGAAGUAUUUGAAAGUGAAUAUUCUAGGAAGAAGUACUAUUAUGUUGCUGGCUACCUCUUCCCUGCUACAGUAGUUGGUGUCUCAGCAGCUAUUGACUAUAAGAGCUACGGAACAGAGAAAGCUUGCUGGCUACAUGUAGAUAACUAUUUUAUCUGGAGUUUCAUUGGACCUGUUACCUUUAUUAUUCUGCUGAAUCUUAUCUUCCUGGUGAUCACAUUGUGCAAAAUGGUGAAGCACUCAAACACUUUGAAACCAGACUCUAGCAGGUUGGAAAACAUUAAUAAUUACCGUGUUUGUGAUGGCUACUAUAAUACGGACUUACCUGGCUAUGAAGAUAAUAAGCCAUUUAUCAAAUCCUGGGUCCUGGGUGCAUUUGCUCUCCUGUGUCUCCUUGGCCUAACAUGGUCAUUUGGUCUGCUGUUUAUAAAUGAGGGGACCGUUGUGAUGACAUAUCUCUUCACAGUAUUUAAUGCUUUCCAAGGAAUGUUUAUUUUCAUCUUUCAUUGUGCCCUUCAAAAGAAAGUACGUAAGGAAUACGGGAAAUGCUUCCGACAUUCCUACUGCUGUGGGGGACUUCCAACUGAGAGUCCCCACAGUUCAGUGAAGGCUUCAACAACGAGAACUAGUGCUCGCUAUUCCUCUGGCACUCAGAGUCGGAUAAGGAGGAUGUGGAAUGACACUGUGAGAAAACAAUCAGAAUCGUCUUUUAUCUCAGGUGACAUCAACAGCACUUCAACACUUAAUCAAGGAAUGACUGGCAAUUACCUACUAACAAACCCUCUUCUUCGACCACACGGCACUAACAACCCCUAUAACACAUUGCUCGCAGAAACAGUUGUAUGUAAUGCCCCUUCAGCUCCUGUGUUUAACUCACCAGGACAUUCACUGAACAAUGCCAGGGAUACAAGUGCCAUGGAUACUCUACCGCUAAAUGGUAAUUUCAACAACAGCUACUCAUUGCGCAAUGGAGACUAUAACGACAGCGUGCAAGUUGUAGACUGUGGACUAAGCCUGAAUGAUACAGCUUUUGAGAAAAUGAUCAUUUCAGAGUUAGUGCACAACAACCUGCGGGGCAGCAGCAAGAACCACAACCUGGAGCGGGCGCUGCCGGCCAAGGCUGUGAUCGGCGGGAGCAGUAGCGAAGAUGACGCCAUCGUGGCGGACGCCUCCUCUUUGAUGCACAGUGACACCCCCGGGCUGGAGCUCCACCACAAAGAGCUGGAGGCCCCACUCAUCCCUCAGCGGACUCACUCCCUUCUGUACCAGCCCCAGAAGAAAGUGAAGCCCGAGGGAACUGACAGCUACGUCUCACAGCUGACAGCCGAGGCUGACGACCACCUCCAGUCCCCCAACAGAGACUCUCUUUACACGAGCAUGCCCAACCUCAGAGACUCUCCCUACCCAGAGAGCAGCCCCGACGUUGAAGAAGACCUCUCUCCUUCCAGGAGGAGUGAAAAUGAGGACAUUUACUACAAGAGCAUGCCAAACCUAGGAGCUGGCCAUCAGCUUCAGAUGUACUAUCAAAUCAGCAGGGGUAAUAGUGACGGCUAUAUCAUUCCCAUUAACAAGGAAGGAUGUAUUCCGGAAGGAGAUGUUAGAGAAGGACAAAUGCAACUAGUGACAAGCCUUUAA